AUGAGAGUUACCAACAUCCUCAUCUCUGGAGCCUCUGGGCUGGGAGUCUUGGCACAAGUGCCGAAUCACCUCAAUCAACGCGCAGCAUGUAACCGAGACAAUCUCUUCCGAUGCUUCAUAGACCAGCGCUAUUCAAGUCAAGCAAGCGAAUUUUGUGCAGACCUUGCGCCCUUCACGGCGACAGUCGCAACCUCAAUCGCGACCAUAACUACGACUUUGGAAACUGUUGUAACUGCUAUCGCAGCUCAAGUCACAGAAGUCCACACCACGACUGUCUUUACUGAAACAGUUCCUUCAUCCACGGCCGUCGUUACUGCUGAUACUGCCGGCGCUGUCAAACGCCAAGUAGCUGCGAACCCACCAAAAUGCAUGACGAAUGGCGUUACCUAUCCAGCUAGUAGGAUAACCUCGGCGUGCUCCUGUAUCGACGUACCUGCCUCAACUAUCAGCGUCACACACGUUGUUAGCACAGAGACAGUUACCGAGAUCAACACCAUCGUCACAACUCCUCUAGCUACAGUUACAUCAUGGGAGACAAUUCCUACGGUCACUACCACUGGUACCUCUACAGUCACUGUCCUGCCACCUGGAAUGAACCGGCUUGUCAAUGGGGAUUUUGAGACUGGUGACAUGACAGGCUGGGAGGUGUCCCCAGAUUCUUGGAAGGCAGAGAUUUACAACAUGGUCACUCCUCAGACAUGGGUUUGCGUCGUUGACGGCCCGGUCGAAAGCCUUGGCUCUUUGCGCCAAGUCAAGCCAGUUUACCUGGAAGCAGGAAACUAUGAAGUUGGGCUGUAUGCACCUCUUGCACCUUUUCCAAUGGCGACUACCGGCUGGGAGGAAGUGGUCGUAUUCAAGCUAAAUAAUCGCCUUCGACAAAUGACGAUAACCCCAAAGUUUGCACCUACGCGACAGGUUGCUAAGUCAGGAAGGCUUGUAGUUCCACUCCAGGCCCGUUUUCUUGUGCCCGAGGCGAUAGAUGGAUAUUAUGAGGUCGCAUUGGCAUAUCUCAGGCGGCCUCCCCAAGUACCUCGCAAAGCGAAUUCUGGAGUCGAUGAGUUAUAUCUGAAAAGAGUAUGA